CUUCCGCUGCGCCCGCUUCCUCUUCCGGUGCGCGCGUGCUUAACCGGGGGGUACCGUGCGUGCGCGCACGUGGCUGUGCUGCCGCCGGCCGCCCCCGGCCCUGCUCCGCUCCGUUGUCAUCAUGUUGGUGCUGUUCGAGACCGCUGCUGGCUAUGCUAUCUUCAAGGUUCUGAAUGAGAAAAAACUCCAAGAAGUUGACAGUUUGUGGAAGGAGUUUGAAACUCCUGAAAAAGCAAACAAAAUAGUAAAGCUGAAACACUUUGAAAAGUUUCAGGACACAACAGAAGCGCUUGCUGCAUCUACAGCUCUUGUAGAAGGCAAGCUCAGCAAGAACUUGAAGAAAAUUCUCAAGAAGAUAGUGGCAAAAGAUGCCCAUGAACAGUUGGCUGUAGCAGAUGCUAAACUUGGUGGUGUCAUAAAGGAUAAGCUGAAUUUGAGUUGUAUACACAGCCCGAUGGUUACAGAGCUGAUGAGAGGGAUUCGUUCACAGAUUGAAGGGCUUAUUACAGGCCUGCCUUCUCGAGAGAUGGCAGCUAUGUGUCUGGGUCUGGCACACAGCCUUUCUCGAUACAAGUUGAAAUUCAGCCCAGACAAAGUAGAUACCAUGAUUGUUCAGGCAAUUUCACUUCUUGAUGACUUGGACAAAGAACUGAAUAAUUAUAUCAUGCGCUGUAGAGAAUGGUACGGUUGGCACUUCCCUGAGCUGGGUAAAAUCAUCACAGAUAACCUAACGUAUUGUAAAUGCGUGCGGAAAGUUGGAGAUAGAAGAAAUUUUGCAUCUUCUGAUGUUUCUGACAUCCUAUCAGAGGAGAUUGAGGAAGAUGUAAAAGCUGCUGCUGAGAUUUCCAUGGGAACAGAAGUAUCAGAAGAAGAUAUAAACAACAUAAUCCAUCUCUGUGAUCAGGUGAUUGAGAUCUCUGAGUAUCGGACACAGCUGUAUGACUACCUGAAGAACAGAAUGAUGGCUAUUGCUCCUAAUCUCACUGUCAUGGUGGGUGAACUGGUAGGAGCAAGGCUCAUUGCUCAUGCAGGUUCUCUCUUGAAUCUAGCAAAACAUCCAGCCUCAACGGUUCAGAUAUUGGGUGCUGAGAAAGCACUCUUCAGAGCACUGAAGACUAAGCGGGACACGCCUAAAUUUGGCCUUAUCUAUCACGCUUCCUUAGUGGGACAAACAGCUGCCAAGAACAAAGGAAAGAUUUCUCGAAUGCUGGCAGCUAAGACUGCCUUGACUAUUCGUUACGAUGCCCUUGGAGAGGAUACCAGUGCUGAAAUGGGAGCUGAGAACAGAUUAAAAGUAGAGACAAGAAUGAGGCAUUUGGAAGAGAGAGGAAUAAGAAGAAUAAGUGGCACUGGAAAAGCCUUGGCCAGGGCAGACAAGUAUCAAAACAAGAGUGAAAUAAAGGUGUAUGAUCCUUCCGGUGACUCUACGCUUCCUGCUGUUUCAAAGAAACGCAAAAUUCAGGAAGUGGAAGAGCAGGAGGCAGGGGUUGCGGUGAAAGCGAAGAAGUUCAAGGCAGAGAUGAAAGAAGAGACAAAUGUAGAAGAGGAUGAGCCUGUCAAAAAGAAGAAAAAGAAAAAGGAGAAGAAAAAGCAGGCUGAGGAAGAGGAGGAACUGACAGAAGAAGUGCCCACCAGCUCUACAGUUGAGAAUACAGAGAAAAAAAAGAAGAAAAAGAAGAAGGUGAAAGACGAGGAUGAAGACUGAGAAAAGGUGGAAACACAGGCCAUAGGACAGUGCUUCAGAGUAGCAUUUCUUGACGUAAUUUCUUUAACCUCUAGCUGAAAACUGUUACCAUUCUAUAUUGCUAGAGGGCAAGGAGGUGCAUUUGAUAGCUGUCUUCUGCCCUGAAGCAGGAUACCCCACUGUCCCUGCUACUUAGGAAGACUGCUCUGUUGUUUUGCAGUAUCUUGUGUUGAGAAGCUGACAGUAGAUCCUUUUUUCAUAUGCAGUCUUCACUGAUAAAGAAUAAAAACAUUUUUAUGGAGAUCUUAUGCCUUUGUCUUGUAAUUUAUUUGCUGGCUUUCUAACCAUUAUUGGGACUGUUCCUAAAAUUUAAUGUUGUAAUUGAAUGAUCAGCAUGAAACUAUUUUUUCAAUGUGUAAACAUUCCAUUGCAGUUUCUUCCCUAAGAAAUUCAAACCUUGUAAAUAUUCUUAAGUUCUCCAUAAAAUGGAUACAAAUAUGUGUGAGUAACAUAAAAAAGCAUUGAACAGCUGAGGUGU